GGAGCCGGCAGCAGCCAUGGCGCGGGCGGGGCGGGCGGCCGCGGCUGUGGGGCCGGACGCGCCGCCGCGGGGCCGGCGGGGGAGCAGCGGCCGCGGCCCCGCGGAACGCCUGUAGCCGCGGCUGGGCCGCAGGCUGGCGAGCCGGGACGCGCUGGAGGCGGCGGCGGCGGCAGCGGAGGAGGGAGGCGGGAGCCAGCCGCCGGCCGCGCCGCCGCCGACCCCCCACAAGAAGAUGAAGAAGCGGAAGGAGCUGAAUGCCCUCAUCGGCCUGGCCGCCGACGGCCGCAGGAAGAAGCCCGCCAAGAAGGGCUCGGGCCACCGGCUGCUGCGCACCGAGCCGCCCGCCUCCGACUCCGAGUCUAGCUCCGAGGAGGACGAGUUCUCGGCGGCCGGGGCGCGGGGCCGCUGCGGCAAGGGAGACUAUCUACGAUGCUGCAAAUUCUGUUACCCGUUAUGUGCGUUUGUCAUUCUUGCCGCUUGUGUGGUAGCGUGUGUUGGCUUGGUCUGGAUGCAGGUGGCUCUCAAGGAGGAUCUCGAUGCAAUAAAGGAGAAGUUUCGAACUAUGGAAUCUAAUCAAAAGACAUCAUUCCAAGAAAUUCCUAAACUGAGUGAAGAUUUGGUGCAGAAGCAAAAGCAACUAGAACAAAUUGAGACUGGAGAACUGGGGCUAAGUAAAAUUUGGAUAAAUAUCACAGAGAUCAAUAAACAGAUAUCACUAUUGACCUCAACAGUAAAUCAUCUCAAAAACAACAUAAAGUCUGCUUCUGAUCUGAUUUCUCUUCCUGUCACAGUAGAGAAACUAGAGAAGACCGUAGCGAACAUAGGUAGCACGCUUACCAGCGUUUCUCACGAUGUUGAAAAUAUACAGACAGCUAUUGAAGAAUACAAGAAAUCCACAGAAAUACUCCAGAAUGAUGUGAAGGAAUUAAAACAGAUACCUUCACUUCCCUCCACUGUUAUGCCAAGGACAGAGAGAAAUCAGACAGAAAAUUGCAAAAAGGAAAGCCAGUCACUGCGUGCAGCUUUGGAAGAGCUAAAUAAUACUGUAGUGGCGUACCAAAAGUUGAAUGACCUUAAGCUUCUAAAUGUGGAUUCAGCCAUUAGUAACCUUAGCCGGGGGGUUCUGCUGUUAGAAAACUCUCCCCUUGCUGUGAAUAAUCUGGACAAGAGAGAGAACUUGUCUACCAGCGUGGGGAAUGAUGCAGCUACCUCUCGAAAAGUGGAAAAUGAAGAUCAACUAGAUAAUGAAACUCAUUCAAAUAAAGAACUGAAGGAAACAGGAACUAGAGAUUCUCAGGUAUCAAAACUAAGAGAGAAGCUUCAGCUGAUCAGUGCUCUCACAGGCAAGCCAGAAAAUGACAGACCCAUUGAGACAUCAAAGAAUGUUGAAAAUAGUCUGAGUACUACAGUGAAGCCCACAGACCUUUCAAGGCUGGCUUCAAGGUCAGCUGCUGACAACACAGAGACUAACGGGCAGCUGAGACAUCUGUCCUUACCAGGAAUUUCCAGCAUCGAAGAGCUUCAGAAUUUGUUUGAAAAAGCAACUGAAGAUGCUGAUGGAAAACUAUCAUAUGAAGAUCUUCAAAAGCUGCUUGGCUCUGCAGCCCAAGAGUCACAGAGCUUUAAGAAAUUUGACACAGAUGGAGAUGAGAAAUACUCAUUACAAGAACUGAGAUUAGCUUUAGGUGUAUAGGAUAUAUUUAGAAAUGUGAUAUUGGUGGAUGCUACUGUAGAUAAAGGAAACUACGGGACAUGAAAAACUACGUCUGCACUUUCCCGGUGUUUUACUGGUCUUCGGAGCUAAAUUACUGUACACAUUGCCACCUCUUUUUUCACUUGCAUUUAUUGGGGAAAAAAAAUUUACAAAUUUAUAUGUUGAUAGGACAUAAUAUUGGGACUGUGUUAAAAUCCAGAAAAUUCCCAAACACUCCUUUCAUUCUUUCCUUUUCAAAGGAAGUUCUUGUUUUUAAUUUAAAAUGUGUACAUACUAAAAUAAAACUAUGGUUUUAUAUUUCACUGAAAUUUGCCUUAAAUUAGAGAGCUGCACUUUAUGUAGAGCAGAAAGAAAUCUGUCUUGUAAAGAUGGGCUUCUUCUGCUUGUAAAUAUUUGAGCUAGAGUAAAUUAUGCAUAUUUAAGGGGAAGUUUGUGUCAGGGGCUGUGUUGGUCGUAAGCUGUUUAAGAGAGCCUGAGCCUAAAAGGGGUGAUUAGGAGCUUCAGCUAAAUUUUAAAUUUUGACUAAGUAUAACCAUGAAUGAAUUUGGACUCAGAGGAAAGCAGGAGUGGUAAAUCAUGCCCAUCUAUAGCAGGAUUUAUUUUUAGAAGGAAGAGUUUGAAAGUUUUUAUAUCAUGAGCCUACAGGAGCAAUUACCUACCAAGUGCUUGGGUUUUCACUUCAGCAUUCUUUUAGCUUUGCUGUAUUGCGUCCAGAUUACGUUUUGUGAGAUAAGCCUAUCUGUUGUUAAAAACGUAGUAUUGAAUAACUUUAACAGAUGCUGAAGAGGUCAAAGUCCACAAUGCAGCCUGCAGAGUAGCACCUGAAUAGUUCAUGCCUUGGGUACCAUCAGUGGUGUACUGAAGGUCUUGCUGACUGGUCCCUGGAGAUCUUCUAAACAGGAUUGCUGGUGCUGCUGGGUUUCUUCCAUCUACUGUUGUUGGGGUCACAGUUGAAGUGCCCUGAGUAGAGCUUCUGGUCAAGAGGAGCAUAAGCAGGUGGGAAAGGCCCAGAGGAGACUUGUGGGCUGUUUCCUGACUAAUGUGAACAUGAUCGCUUCUUGGUACCUUAACCUUUUGUGUUGUCGCCAACAAAAGGAUAUAAAAAGCAGGAUAGGAGCGUGCAGUCGCAUCAGCAUUCUCUACUGAUGUGUGCUUUGUGAGGUUUCCUUACUGUGGAGGAACUUCAGGGUUUGUUUAUACUACCAGAUCUAAACACAGAGCGUAUUUACAACCUUCUGGAACAUAACAAAAAAUACUUUUUGCAGAAGGGAUUCUUUUGCAGGCUAGAUAAGAGCCAAGCUGGGUGAUUUUGCUCACAAAUAUCGCUGAUCUUGUUGGGAGUGUUUUUGCAUGAGUAGUGAAGUUGCCCACCUUGCCAAAACAUCAGUUUAUGUGGAAGUUGGUUCAUAAUUGUUGACUUUUUAUAUAAAAAAACUUUGGACUGGAUGCUUAUAGUUUUAUGAAUAAUUGUAUUCUGGAAGUAUGAAUCAGUGAAGGAAUGUGCAAAAUGGAAUCCUCUACCCAUUGCCUAGGCUUCUUUCAGCAUUGCUCUUCUGUCCUGUUUGGGUAAUGCAGAUGUGACCCAAUAUGGUGAUGCUUUUGAUGUGACAUUUGAAAAUACAGUAUUUGAACAAAACAAAACCAACCAACCAACCUUGGCUUUUGAGAGGACAAGAAGCCGACACUUGCUUCUUGCCACUUCCCACACCCUUUUAUACACUACUGUAUAAGUCCUUAACCAAAUAAAAUUAAAAAAAAAAAACCCAACAAACCAACCAAUUAGCAAUAAAAUGUAACCAUUCUGGUAUUUUAUUUGUACAUACUGUAUCAUAGCCAUAUGCCAGAGUUUGCAAAAUAUUUUUGGAAGCUUGAUUUGUAUGGAGCUUAACUUACCUUAAAAUCUAAGGGAUUAUUGUAUUGCUGUGUGAAUCUAUUAGCGUUUUGUUUUGUUGCGGUCUACUUUACGUUUAGAAGGCGAGAGGCAGCGUGUGCCGCGGCGGCCAAGGAGCCCGCGGGGGCCAAGGAGCCCAGCUGGCCAGUAACCCCCGCGGGGGCCAAGGAGCCCAGCUGGCCAGUAACCGGCCCUGGGGCACAGCUCUCCAGUGGUGCCGCUUAAUUUGCGUGCCAGGAGCACAGCACACUGCUAAUUGCUGUAGUCACCGCUGUUGUAGGGGGGACUUGUGCCACCAAUUUAACAAAAUCCGAUCAGUGGUUGUUCUUAUGUGGCUGGGGUAGCUGCUUGGCAUGCUGCGGGCUGGGAGCACCGGUCCCGUCCCUGCACGCUGGUCUCCAUCCCGCACGCUUUCCAAAGCCUUUAUCCAUGCUGGGUAAGGAUGGGGCCAUUCCUCCCCCGUGUUUUAUUCCCGCUGCAGGUGGUAGAGGGCGUACAGCCCUGGCUGUUGUAAGGAUCUGGCUUGUCCAGAUCCUCUCUCUGCCGAGUUGAGGGGUCUGUGGGCGGCAGCGGGGGCUGUAGCUGCGACUUGCUGUUACGCUGCGAUCCUCGGGUUCGCUUUCAGGCUGUCUUUGUGGUUUUUUGGGUGACCCCCGCGUAGGGGACCGCUGUGUACCGUUCAGUUUCCGGCCUGUCCGAGGCGCCGUGCGUCGCCCUUCCCCGCCCCGCUGGUCCGAGCCACGGUUCUCCGCGCCUUUUACCAUGUAACGCCACUUUUAAAUCUCUCAAUAAAAGUUCAUUUUUUUUUU